AUGAAUUUUCUGGUUGCGUCGUGGUGGUGGCUGGUGAUACCGGUGCUGCAGGGGUCUGUGGGGCACACGGUGUAUAAAGUGGGAGUGCUGAUGGCUUCAAGAUUGGACUCGCCUUUUGAUUUGGAGCGGUGCGGGCCGGCGGUCGACCUCGCUCUCGACAAGGUGAACGAUCGGUUCCUAGCGCAUCAUGGGGUUCAGCUCCAGAAGGUGCAGGGAAGCUACCCGUCAUGCUCCGGCGCAAUCGCUCCAGGGCUGGCAGCGGACAUGCACUUCAAGGAUGACGUCAUCGCGUUCGUGGGCCCUGCGUGUGCGUUCGCGCUCGAGCCUGUAGCACGGCUUGCUGCCUACUGGAACACCCCUAUCAUCACUGGGAUGGGGGAUCAGCCGCCAUCGGAGGGAGAAUUAGCAGCCCCAGCCAGUGUGGUCAGCCGUAUGCACAGACUUCGAAAUCUCCGGAAAGGCAUCAAGCCAACAACGCUGUUCAACGACAAAGGGAAGUAUCCAACGUUGACUCGCAUGUCGUACUGCCAGUGCCGUUUACCUCACGUGUUUACCAGCGUCUUCGAGCGGUUCGGAUGGGCACACGUUGCCCUACUGCUGGACAAGUCAGAUUUAUUCUCGCUGACUGUGGGUAAGAGCCUAGAGUGGGGUCUCCGCAAAAAAGGGAUACUGAAAGCCGUACGGGAACUGGAUGGUAACGAAAGGGAGUCCUGCGAAACUUUACUGCGGGACGUCAGCAUGUACGCACGAGUGGUAAUCCUGAGCGUGCGUGGCCCACUAGUGCGAGAAUUCUUGCUCGCAGCGCACUCGCUCGGCAUGACGCGCGGCGACUGGGCCUUCCUCGACGUCGAAAUAUUUCAGGGCGGAUACUGGGGCGAGACGGGCUGGGCGGCCGGCGACGACCGCGACGCCGCCGCCCGCGCCGCCUACGAGGCACUGCUUCGGGUGUCGCUCAAACUGCCCACUGGGGACCGCUUUGACGACUUCGCGGAUGCCGUGAAGGCUCGGGCGAAGUUGCAUUAUAAUUAUACUUUUUCGGAUGGCGAGGAGGUAAACUUCUUCAUCGGUGCUUUCUACGAUGGCGUGUACCUGCUAGGUAUGGCACUCAACGAGACCCUGACCGAAGGUGCUGAUAUUAGAGACGGCCGAAACAUCACGCGCCGCAUGUGGGGCAGAGACUUCCACGGGAUCACCGGCCACGUGCGCAUAGACUCCGUCGGCGAUCGGGAUGCGGAUUACGCGAUACUGGACCUGGACCCUGUCACGGGAAAGUUUGAGGUGGUGGCGUUUUAUCACGGCCUCAACGGCAGCUACAAGCCGGUGGCUGGCAAGGCCAUCCAUUGGCCCGGGGGCCGCCGCGGACCCCCGCCUGAUACGCCUCGCUGCGGGUUCCUUGGGAACGACCCUAUGUGCCAAGGAGAGGCUCAAACAGUUAUAAUUUACUGUUUCAUCGGACUGGCUAUUUUCCUAAGCUUUGCAGUCACGGCCGCCUGUGUGGCGUACAAGCAAGCACGAAUCGACGCGGAGUUGAACAACAUGGCUUGGCGGGUCCGUCCUGAAGAGGUGCUGGUGGAAGUGGGCACCGGGCUUGGAGCCAGCCCAGCGCUGCACAGCAUCAACGAGUCGAGCGGCGGCAACAACGCGACGGCUUCUGGCCUCAACACGCCCUCUCUCAACCUCUCUUCCUUCACCGUAGGCCUGUACAAAGGCAACCGGGUAGCCGUCAAGAAGAUCCACAGGAAGAAACUCGACUUGAACAAGAAGCUGUUGUAUGAAAUAAAACUGGCCCGCAACGUAUCGCAUGAGAACACGGUGCGUUUCAUCGGCGCGUGCGUCGACUGCCCGCUGGUGUUCGUGCUGACGGAAUACUGCCCUAAGGGCUCGCUGAAGGACGUCCUGGCCAACGAGGAGCUGCAGCUCGACUGGAACUUCAGGACGUCGCUGGUGCAUGACAUUGUGCAGGGAAUGUGCUACCUCCACGGCGGGCUCGGCGCCCAUGGAAAGCUGCGUUCCUCCAACUGCCUCAUCGAUGGACGCUUCGUGCUUAAGAUCUCGGACUACGGGCUCACCACGCUGUGCACCCCCACCGACUUGAUUAAAGACGACACGUACUACUACAAACUGCUAUGGACAGCUCCCGAGCUUCUCACAAGCAGCGUGUACCCGGGGGCGGCGGCGUCGCUCAAGGGAGACGUGUACAGCUUCGGCAUCAUCCUCGAAGAGAUCGUGCUGAGAGCCGGACCCUUUCAUCAUUAUACGCCCUCUUUAUCGAACAAAGAAAUAGUGUCCCGCGUGUGUGCGCGGGAGUCGCCGCCCUUCAGACCAGUGGUGUGCGCGGGGGAGGCGGGCGCGGGCGCGGGCGGCGGAGCGGCGGCGGAGCUUCUGGACCUGGCCGCCCGGUGCUGGACGGAGGCGCCCGAUGACAGACCCUCGUUUGACACCAUCAACGCUACUUAUAUCAAGGGAUACUGCGAUAACCUGAUGGACGACCUGCUAAGCCGCAUGGAACAGUACGCCAACAACCUCGAGUCGCUGGUGGAGGAGAAAACAGAACAGCUCUCUUUGGAAAAGAGGCGCUCCGAAGAACUAUUGUACCAAGUGCUACCAAGGCCAGUAGCGCAGCAGCUGAUGGCAGGCGAGAUGGUGCAGCCAGAGAGCUUCGAAUGCGUGACGGUGUACUUCAGCGACAUCGUCGGCUUUACCGAGCUCUGCGCCGCUUCCACCCCCAUCCAGGUGGUCGACUUGCUGAAUGACCUGUACAGCACCUUCGACAGGAUCAUUGGGUUCUAUGACGUUUAUAAGGUGGAGACAAUAGGCGACGCGUACAUGGUGGUGUCAGGCCUGCCGGAGCGCAACGGGGACAUGCAUGCUCGGGAGAUCUGCCUCAUGGCGCUCGCAGUCGUGGAGGCUGUCAGGAGCUUCGUAGUGAGGCACCGCCCCACGCAUCGGCUGGAGGUACGCGUGGGAGUGCAUUCAGGCCCGGUAUGCGCGGGCGUGGUGGGCGUGAAGAUGCCGCACUAUUGCCUGUUCGGGGACACCGUCAACACGGCCAGCCGCAUGGAGUCUGCUGGACAACCUCUCCGUAUCCACCUAAGUGAGAGCACACGAGCAUUACUCGAACAGUGGGGCACAUUCGUCGUCGAGCGCCGAGGGGAGGUUGAACUGAAAGGACGCGGACGAAUGCUGACCCACUGGCUGCUACACUGCUCUGAGCCCGAAGCGAGGAUGGUGGCGCAAGGGCCCCAGCCUCCCCCACAAUACCCUAUCUUGUUCCCAUCGCUGCCUCAGCCACCUAUGUCGCUGCAAGUCCCGUAUUUAGUGGUGGAACCACCUACGUUAGCUGCUUAGGCUAUGGAAGAUACUUAAAUCGAAAGACACGGGUCUUAACUUCUGCAGCCUGCAAUCUGCUUGUGACCACUUCUGCAUGUGCAGCAUAGCAGCUAAAACGUCAAGCCGUGAGUACAUAAUGUAACUCAU